AUGGCGUACGUGAACAACCACCAACCUCCGCCCGCACGGACCAUAUUGCCCGAGGAGAUCUAUGGCCCGGAGCCAUACGACGUCAACUUCGCCUAUCCGAUCCACGAGGAGACGCUCCAGAACGAGCGCACGAAGCUCGUGCCCUUCAUCCCCUCCGUCCACGGCGAGACGUACUGGGCGCAGGCCGGCCGCCACCCGGAGAACUUCCGCUACUACCCGUUCACCUUCGCCACGCUGCCCGAGUUCCUCGCGUGGAUCGAGCUCGAGGUCCGGCGCGACCCGUACAACCUGAUGUUCGCCGUCAUCGACAAGACGCGCCCGGACGCGGAGCACCCCGAGUGGGGCGGCAGCUUCGCGGCGGUCAUCGGGAUGUACCACACCGUGCCGAAGAACCUCGUCACGGAGACCGCGCACGUGCUCGUGUUCCCCGACUUCCGCGGGACGCACAUCGCGAAGGACAUGGUCGGGCUGCUUCUCCGCUACCAGCUCGAGCUACCCGGCACGGCGCUGCCUGGGAUCGGGUUCAGGCGCGUGGUGUGGUGCGCGCACCCGCGAAACACGCCGUCGACGCGUCUCGCGGAGAAGAUGGGGUUCAAAAAGGAGGGGGUGCUCAAUUGGUUGUGGGUUGUUCCGGAUACACUGAAGGUGGAGGGAAGGCCGGGGCGGAUAGGAGACGCGCAUUCCGGAAAGGCGGGGCGCGACUCGGUCGUGCUGUCGUUCUGCUGGGACGAGUGGGAGAACGGGGGGAAAGAACGCGUAAAA